AGUUGGGGAAAGGUGUGCACCGGUGAGGACAUUGCUUCCAUCUGCUGCUCUCCAGCUCAGCUCAGGUGACGAAGCAUCGCCGGGAGAAAGAUGUUCAGCUCGGAGAUGGUGAUGGUGGUGAUGAUGAUGGAGAAAGAGGCUCUGCACGGCUCGCGGCCUCAGUAGAGGCUUCCCCUACUUCGACCUGCUGUCCUUCACCUUCACGCCGCUUCCUCUUCCUGUCCUCCCCCCAUCAGGAAGGAUGACCGUGGUGUCCACCGAGAACAUGGACGAGACCUCCACCCUGCCGGGACACCCGCAGGACCCCUACCCACCCGACGACGACCACGACGACCACGACUGUUGCGAGCGGGUGGUCAUAAACAUCUCAGGGCUGCGCUUUGAGACCCAGCUCAAGACGCUUGCCCAGUUCCCAGAGACUCUCCUCGGGAACCCCAAGAAGAGGAUGCGCUACUUUGACCCUUUACGAAACGAGUACUUCUUUGACCGGAAUCGCCCGAGUUUCGAUGCCAUCUUGUAUUAUUACCAGUCCGGGGGACGACUAAGAAGACCGGUGAACGUGCCGCUGGAUAUGUUCUCGGAGGAGAUAAAGUUUUAUGAACUUGGCGCGGAGGCCAUGGAGAAGUUUCGAGAGGAUGAGGGAUUUAUCCGCGAAGAGGAGCGGCCUCUACCGGAGAAGGAGUUCCAGCGGCAGAUCUGGCUCCUCUUCGAGCACCCGGAGAGCUCGGGGCCUGCCCGGGGGAUUGCCAUCGUCUCAGUGAUGGUUAUUCUUAUUUCAAUAGUCAUAUUUUGUUUGGAGACACUACCAGAGCUGAAGGAGGAUCCCAGCCAGCGGAUGCGCACCAUUGGGAACACCACCAUGUAUUACAAAGCUAAUGUCCUCACAGACCCUUUCUUCGUGGUGGAGACGCUCUGCAUCAUCUGGUUUUCUUUUGAGUUGAUAGUCCGUUUUUUUGCGUGUCCCAGCAAGGCGGCAUUCUUUAAAAACAUGAUGAACUCGAUUGACAUUGUGGCUAUAAUCCCGUACUUCAUCACACUUGGAACAGAGCUGGCUGACGACCAAGACAACAAGGAGGGGAAGGGAGGAGGCGAACAGGCCACAUCUCUGGCGAUUCUCAGGGUAAUCCGCCUGGUGAGGGUGUUCAGGAUCUUUAAGCUGUCCCGACACUCGAAGGGGCUUCAGAUUUUGGGGCAAACUCUAAAGGCGAGCAUGCGAGAGCUGGGCUUGCUCAUUUUCUUCCUCUUCAUCGGUGUGAUUUUAUUCUCAAGCGCUGUCUACUUUGCCGAGGCCGAGGAGAAGGAGUCGUUCUUCACCAGCAUCCCGGAUGCUUUCUGGUGGGCCGUGGUGUCCAUGACGACCGUUGGCUAUGGGGACAUGUACCCCGUGACCAUCGGGGGGAAGAUCGUGGGCUCGCUGUGCGCCAUCGCUGGAGUGUUAACCAUUGCACUUCCGGUGCCCGUUAUCGUCUCCAACUUCAACUACUUCUACCACCGGGAGACGGAGGGCGAGGAGCAGGCGCAGCUACUCAACGUCAGCAACCAGAACUUGGCAUCGGACACCAACUCGAGCCGCCGCAGCUCCUCAGUGGUCAGCAAGUCGGAGUACAUGGAGAUAGACGAGGACAUGAACAACAGCAUCGAUAACUUUAGGGAAGCAAACCUUAGGACUGCCAACUGCACGGCUCCCAGCCAGAACUGUGUGAACAAGGGGAAGCUGCUCACCGACGUGUGAGGCAGCGGC